AUGCAAACAGGCAAAGUUAUCGAUCAUAUUGUUAAAUGGUUAAAAGAUUAUGCAACACAUCAUGCAGGUGUUAAAGGUUUUACUGUUGGAAUUUCUAAUGGUAUUGAUUCAUCAGUUGUAUCAGCAUUAUGUGCUCGUACUGGUUUACCUGUACUUGCCAUUGAAUUACCUAUUAAUCUAUCGAAAUCAAAAGAAAAAUCAAAAUCAAUUCAUAUAGAAUGGUUAAAAAAGACCUAUGGUAAUGAUCAAAUACGAUCAUUAAAUGUUAAUUUAACAGAUGCUUAUCAUAAAUUAAAAGAAACAUGUACAGAAUUACAAUCCAAUGAUAAAAGUGAAUUAGCUUUGGCUAAUGUUCAAUCUCGAAUACGAAUGAUUACUCUUUAUUAUUUUGCACAAAUUAAUGGAUAUCUUGUAACUGGUACUGGAAAUAAAGUUGAAGAUUUUGGUAUUGGUUUCUUUACAAAAUAUGGAGAUGGCGGAGUAGAUAUUAGUCCAAUUGGUGAUUUACUUAAAUCAGAAGUUCGUGCAAUAGCUCGAGAAUUAGAUAUAGAUCGAUCGAUUAUUGAUGCUCCACCAACAGAUGGUCUUUUUGGUGAUAUGCGAACAGAUGAAACUCAAAUAGGUGCUACAUAUGAUGAAUUGGAAUGGGCUAUGAAACAACAAGAUAAUAAUGAUAAACAAAUGAAUGAAAGACAGAAAAAAGUGAUGGAGAUUUAUUUAAAACGACAUCAAGCAAAUAAACAUAAAAUGAAAGAAAUUCCUGUUUGUAUUAUACCAAAAGAAUUAAAACAAUCAAAAUAA